GGGUGGCAUUUGCAUCACAAUUAUUCAAAUCUGAAAAUACCCAGAUAUGUUUUAUAAUAAUAAUUAUAAUUAUAAUAAUCAUAUUUGUACCUGUUAUGUCUUAUUUGAAAGAAUCAGUUUAAAUGUAUGCAGCUGUAACCCAAUACCCAGUCUUCUGUGCAUGUAGUGCGGGUUGCGUUUGCUUAAACUCGCCUCUUAGUUCUAAUACUAAUCUUGAAAUGCUUUAUUUCUAUGGAUAUGCACAUUCACAGCACGGCGGUAUAACGUUGCCCGGUAUGCCUUAUUUGCAGUGCUUAAUAAUGAAAAUAUUUAAUUGCAUAUGAAUUUAGUUUAUUUAUUUAAGUAAGCCUUGUUGUACCCAGGUUAUGGACACAGAAAAUGCUAAUGGUACAAGGCACAUUGUUAAUCUUUGUAAUAAUAGUGAAAAUAGCGUGUUAUUUAAAAGAUCAGUUCAAGAUGUAAUACAACCAAACUCAAAAGCGGUUUGGCUUUCAAAAUCGUGACCAAACUCAAAUAUAGAUAUAUUAUUAUUAUUAUUGUUGGUGCUAGUAUUGCUGUUAUAAUUACUGGCUUAUGCAUUUAUGAUGUAAAUAAAGAAUUAUGUAGGUUUGUAUUUCCAUGCAUCACCGCACUAUCUUGACUUUGAGUCGGGCUCGGAAUAAUACUUAUGUUAAUGUCACUGAGCUAUUGAAAACGUUUUGGUUUCUGCAAUUAACCAAUUUAAUGAAAUUCAAAUAACACCUACUUAAUUUUAUUAUUACAAUAUUUCACAUAUUUGGAAAUGCAUAUUACUGUUUGGAUCUUGGUAAAUCAAUACUAAAAGCCCAUUAGAAAACAAUAUUAUAUUUCUUUCGCUCUGUUUGCUGGUAGCCUUCAUGUGUUAGUGAACAAGUGCCGGGUCUUAAAAUGUAUCACAUAAAAUGAUGGUAAAGAUGCUGUUGAAACUAGUCUGGUGAUGUGCGUGAUAUAAAGUGUAUUUCUCAUUGUAUUUAUUGUGACGGCUGAUCUCUACACUAUUUCUACCCUGUGCAUUCGCUUUCUUUUAUAAUAUAUCCUUAAUUCUUUACCCACAGUUAUCGGCUUGAUUUAUCUGCACAAAACAAUUUGCACUGCUCAUAAUAUACUCCAGAAAUAUAAUAUAUUAUAAUAUAUAUUCAUGUAUUAUAAUAUAUUAGUGUAGUUAUAAAUAUAUAGAGAGAGCGAGAGAGUAUAAUAUAGACUUAUAUAUUUUUUUAAAUAUCUUGAGAAGUGCAAAUCAACCAGCUCGGAUCACAGAAGUGUUUUUGGAGAUCAAAAGACAAAAGAUAUCUUAUUUUUACGGUUUAAACAAACACAACAGAGCUAGCCUAUUUCCGUUUCUUGUUACUGAGGGGUUUAUUGUGUGUGCUUAAUAUAUACAUUUGCAAUAAAACCGAACAAGACAAUCUGAUAAAAGACACUCCUUGCAUUGUGUACACGAUGUUCCCUAUAAUGUAAAAUACCUGGCAUGUUCCUUCCAUGACGUUUGUUAAUUGCUUUUCUUUUUGUUUUAUUUUAUUUAUUUAAAACAAUUAUUCUCAAAACCUACUAGCAGCCCUAAGAUCAUUGCAUAAAUUAUUGCUGUAUGCUUAAUACAUCCCAUUGUUAUAUGGGUAUAGAUAUUUGAACCCUGAGCAACAUGAUUUCAAUGGUUUUAUAUUUGACUAUCUAUAAUUACUAAAGUUUAUUGCAUCCAGCUAAAUAGCUGAAACAUUCCAUGAUAUCUUUCAUUCUAAGUAGACCUAAGACUAUGCUCGUGCAGGGUGGUUGACGAGUCUAACAUAACACACCAGCGCCACUAGAACACGUGAAAACAACGCUUUUGUUGCAUUAACUGAUAUAUCGAUUAAUCACCACUAACUACCUGAAGAAAAAAAAAAAGUUACUAAAAUUAACAUUUUCAAUAGACGUGUAAGGUUCUGUUGAUUCAAUGCUCGUGCUUACAAACUCACAGCUAAUAGCCUCUUAUUGUCGGAUGAAGAAUUUAAAAGUGCACGUCAAAUUAUAGGAAAGCAAACACUUAAAAAAAAAAGAAAAUACCUUUUUUUUUUACUCUUCCAUUCUUUAUUCAACAGCAAUAUAUUAAAACAACAAACGGCGAUCAGCUUGCACUCUCUAUAACAGUCUAAACGUUUUCAUAUGUGUAAAACACACAUUUAAGAAUGCUGUUUCAAUAGCAUUUGUCCAUGCGCUCCCCAGUUAAUACUUAAAUCCAAACAUAUAUGUAAUAUCAUGGUUUCAUUAUAAUUCAGUGAAUAGUGCAGAACCGGCGUGGUAGGGCGGCUGUGUCGUUUAAUGAUCUCUCUUUAGGACCAAGCGGUUUCUUCGGCUUGGCAAAGCACCAAGUAGCACAAGUGCCGGCUGGCCAAUGGGACUGCAGGGGCGGUCCGAGCGCUCUGACCAGUCAAACGAAGUCACUUUCCUUAUAAGGCAGCCGGUCUCCAUGGUAACGUGUGCUAAGUUGCAGCAGUCGUGUCAAAGUUCACUAUAUAGAGAGCUCAGUGAGCUGAUCAGAGGGAAAGCAUUCUGCUAGCCCGGCUCCUACAAAUCGCGUUCGCUUCCCAACCUCCCCCUUUUUAACAUAUUUGAUCACUUCGAUUCUCUGUUCUUUUUUUAUUAUUAUUUUUUACGCGCAUGAAGGAGGUUGUGUAGGUUGUGAUCUUUAAAAAAAGGCAUUAUUACCAUUGCUUGCGAGUUGACUUCGUGUUUCUCUCCAGCACUAUAGCUACUGCUGCUGCUGUGCAGCUAGCACAACUACAGCAAGAAGAGAAGGAACUAGCAUCAAGAUUUUUUUGUUUUGUUUUUAAUUCAGUUCAUGAUUUUCCCCAGGACUUAUACUUUAUCGGGGGGUCGUUCGCUGCUGGUACCUUAAGAGCCGAGCCGAGCUUUCUUUUUUUUUUUUUUUACCCUGUAAUCUUUAACCUCUCCAUCCAACCAUUUUAUUAUCUUCAUUUUUUUUCUUUUUUUUGAUGGGUUUCCUGAAUGGCUGACGGUAAGCUGCCCUGGACUUGGCCUCAAGACUCUGGUCUCUUCUUCAGCUCGUCUCCGAAUCCGGUCUAACAGACAGAAAGAAAGGAAAAAAAAAUACCUAAAAAAAGAAGAAAAAGACUUGAUUCAAUUUCCUCCCAAGUUUCUCCAGACAAUCCUAUCUUCUGUGCAGCUUUGAUUUCCCCCUCUUCAAUCUCGCUUGAUAACUGCUACGAACACGCUGCUCUCUUGAAAAAAGAAAUCAAAGCAACUGAAGCCCACCCCUCCAAAAAAAAAGGACAAAAAAGGGACAAAAAAAAAAGUUUCUCGACGUCGUCUGAUAGAUAUGGCAAUGGUAGUGUGGCGCGGCUCCCAGGACGAAGUAUCCGAAACGCAAGGGACCCUGACUUCCCAGGUCCCGCAAGUAGGACCACUGGUGCUAUCGACCUCUCAGACUGCACAAGCAAACCCACAGACUCCCGUUCAAGGGGGUCCUCCGACCACAACAGCGCAGUCUACUCCGUCAAACCAGACGAACCAGCAAAGCCAAACGGUGGAAAAACAACAGCCCCCGCACAUCGAGUGCGUGGUUUGCGGGGACAAGUCGAGUGGCAAACACUAUGGCCAGUUCACCUGCGAGGGUUGCAAAAGCUUCUUUAAAAGGAGUGUACGGAGAAACCUGAGUUACACAUGCCGUGCCAAUAGGAACUGUCCCAUUGACCAACACCACCGCAAUCAGUGUCAGUACUGCCGCCUCAAAAAGUGCCUCAAAGUCGGCAUGAGACGGGAAGUUUCUCUUUUUACUGCAGCAGUACAAAGGGGACGGAUGCCACCCACGCAGCCACACCAUGGCCAGUUCUCCUUGACAAAUGGGGACCCCCUGAACUGCCAUUCCUACUUAUCCGGAUAUAUCUCCCUUCUUCUGAGAGCAGAGCCCUACCCAACUUCCCGAUAUGGCAGCCAGUGCAUGCAGCCUAACAACAUCAUGGGCAUCGAGAACAUUUGUGAACUGGCAGCCAGGAUGCUGUUCAGCGCGGUGGAGUGGGCGAGGAAUAUCCCUUUCUUUCCAGACCUUCAGAUCACUGACCAGGUGGCCCUCUUAAGGCUCACCUGGAGCGAGUUGUUUGUGCUCAACGCUGCCCAGUGUUCCAUGCCGCUCCACGUGGCUCCUCUGCUGGCGGCGGCAGGCCUCCACGCCUCGCCCAUGUCAGCAGACAGAGUGGUGGCCUUCAUGGACCACAUAAGAAUCUUUCAAGAACAAGUGGAGAAGCUCAAGGCUUUGCAUGUUGAUUCUGCUGAAUACAGCUGCUUAAAAGCUAUAGUGCUUUUCACCUCAGAUGCUUGUGGUCUUUCAGAUGUGGCUCAUGUGGAAAGUUUGCAAGAAAAGUCCCAGUGUGCAUUGGAAGAGUAUGUUAGGAGCCAGUACCCCAACCAGCCGACUCGCUUUGGAAAGCUUUUGCUUCGCCUGCCUUCUCUCCGCACGGUCUCUUCUUCUGUCAUAGAGCAAUUAUUUUUCGUCCGUUUGGUAGGUAAAACCCCGAUAGAAACCCUCAUCAGAGAUAUGCUGCUGUCUGGGAGCAGCUUUAACUGGCCUUACAUGUCAAUCCAGUAGACAGAGAAGGAGAACCCCUUUCUCUUUAGAAGGGAGCAAAAUGCUGUUACAAGUUUACUGAAGAAGAGAGAGGCAUUUUUUAAAGGACUGUGAAUUUAAAAAAAGACUUUCAAUGAACUUUCUAAAUGCAUUUAAGAACUCAUGUGUCACUCUGAACAACUUGCUACUUAUCAUUUUUGUAAAAAGGACUUUCGUUUUUUUUCUUUUUUGGUAAACUUGAGAAAAAGUCGAUAAAAAGUGCAUUUAAAAAGGAGAAUUUGGAGAAAAUUAGGAGAAAAGAAAAAAAGUAAGUUUUCUUUUCCAAAUUAUUAUGAAUUGUCCUGUGUCUAUGUAUCUAUAGCUGUUUUUGUAUAUACCUUUUUUUCUUUCCUGGUUCCAAACCGGCUUAUUAAUGUGGUUCUGUAGUAUACGAUUUUUUUUUUUGAUUUUUUUUAUAUAUAUAUAUAACCAUGGCUUUUAUCAAGCAGAAAAAAAAAAAAAAAAAAAAAAACCUGUGUAUCAUGUAAAGUAUAUGUUCUGCAAGAAUUAAAACUGAAUCCACUACAAUGUUUAGGAUGGGGAUGGGGGUGGGGGGGAUUGUAUAAAAUACAUAACGCUGGAAGCGCACUUAAUGUACAAUGAAGACCCACAGAUCUACAAGGGAGGGGGCGGCGGUCUGGGGCAAAAAAGUUGACCACUAUUCAGUGACCCAACAACAAAAGCAGGAGUACCCCGAGGACAUGGAGUUUGGGGAUUCUGUGCUGAUACGGUAUUUCUGUAGAGCCAGGUGUCCAAGGCACAGUACACUUCAAAAAUGAAAAGGCAUUUCGGCAUUUCCGUCAUCGUGCAUCUCACAAUGGAAAACUUAAACCUGUAUAUUUGCAACGCGUUUGUAGUAUAGCUAUUGUCUAUAUUUUGCCCUUUUUUGUUGUUGAAAAUUUACAUUGGAUUCAGCAUGAAAAAAAAAAACUGUGUUGGCACUUACAGUUAACACGUGGGGAAUUCCUAGGAUUUAAACAAUUUUGUGUUUGAGCUAUAGAGCUUUAAAAAAAGAAAAAGAAAAAAAAACAUAUUGUGUCCUGUAAAUGUUUUAAUAAUUGAAAUGUUUGGUUAAGUCAUUGUGUGUAAAAUUCCAAUAGAAAAAAAAAGUAUGUGGGAAUUAAAAUAUUAAUUGAUAUAUGAA